AUGGCAGAUUCGACAGAGAAGAUUCAGAUCGAAAAGCUGAAGGGAGCGGAGAACUAUCAGACAUGGAAGGUGCUGAUGCAACUUCUGCUGACGGAGAAAGGUCUGAAGAGGUGCAUCGAUCCUGAGACCAGGACAAGUGAGGAGAUGGAAGGCAGAUCUGCAACGGUAAAGGCCAAGGAGGCCGAGGAGCAGUCGAAGGCUUUGGCAGCCAUUGGUCUCAGAGUGUCUUCGGAGUAUCUAGGCAUCAUCACUGACGCUGAAGGCUCAGCCAGAGCAGCUUGGAACGAAUUCCAGAGGAUGUUCCAAAACCCCAAGCAGAACUUCGGAAAGAGCAAGAAGGGAGGCUUCAAGUGCUGGACCUGUGGAGAAGCAGGACACAGGAAAUCAGAGUGUCCGAAGAAUCCUGACAGGAACAAGGAAUGCAACAGAUGUGGACUGAAAGGUCACGUCGAGAAGAAUUGUUCCAGGGAGGACAAGGGAAAGUCCUCUGACAGAGACUCUUCAGCAGGAGGUUCUUCAAAGAAAGGGAUGAAGAAGUCAAUGGCGUUCGCCAGUCCUCCUGAGAAAGAUCUGUCUGAAGUUUGGAUUCUGGACUCUGGAGCGAGUGCUCAUCUGUGCUGCAAGAAGGAAUUCUUCGCAGAUCUGAGGCCAGUGAAGGAGGGAGAGGCAAGUGAGAUUCAGGGGGUUGGAGACACUGUCAAGGUCGAAGGAAUCGGGAAAGUGGCCUUGCUCUGUGAGACUUUCGAGGGAGAGAAAACGGAGGUUUAUCUCGAAGAAGUCAGGUACACCCCAGAAGCUCAAGUGAAUCUGGCCUCUCUCAGCAGAUUUCUGGCCAAGGGUGCGAAGCUCAGCAGCGAGGAAAGCGUGGUGAGUCUGAGCGUGGAGGGUGAAAAGUUUCUGGAAGCAGAAAAUGAGAGAGGGGUGUCGGUAAUCCGAUUGGUGGAGCAGGAGCCGGUGGCGUUCGCGAUCAGCCAAGUGGAGCAGGCUAGACUCUGGCAUAGACGCCUCGGUCAUGCGAGCAGCGAAGCCCUGGCAACGAUGUCCAGAGACUCUCUAGUCGAAGGACUCCCCCCCCCUCAAGCCUUCCGGAAAGCUGGAGAAACCCUGUGCGAAGACUGCGUUCUGGGAAAGCAAACGCGGAAACCCUUCCCCCCGAGCGACCGAGAGAGCAGCAGACCUUUGGAGCUCGUUCACACUGACCUGUGCGGCACGAUUCCGUGCAAGUCUGCUGGUGGAGCGAAGUAUGCUGUCACGUUCAUCGACGACUACAGUCGAUGUGGGGUGGUCCAACUGCUGCAAACCAAAGAGCAAGCGCGAAGAGCUCUCGAGGCCUACGUGAAUCUGGUUGAGAAUCAGUUGGGGCUCAAGGUCAAGCGGAUUCAGAGCGACCGGGGUGGGGAGUACUGGAACGGGGAAGUCAAAGAUUUCUGUGCGAAGACGGGAAUCUACCACCAGAAGACCAACCCUUACUCAAGCCCCGAGAACGGAGUCGCAGAGAAGCUGAAUCGGACGUUGAUGGACAAGACGAGGCCGAUGCUGUCUGAGAGCGGGCUCGAGCAAAAGUGGUGGGGUGAAGCCAUUCUGACGGCCAAUUACGUUAGAAACCGGACAGUGACGAAGAAGACGGGGAAGACGCCCUACGAGCUGUUCUUCGGAAAGAAGCCCGACGUCAGCAACCUGCGCGUCUUCGGAGUCAGAGCCUUCGUCCACACCCCCGCGCAGCGCCGGAAGAAGCUCGACCCAGUCUCAAAGCCAGGCAUCUUUCUGGGGUACGAACCGGGGACCAAGGGAUACCGCGUGUUGCUGACGUCAGACAGGCGGACGAUUGUCGUCAGCAAGGACGUCACGUUCGACGAGCGGGAGCGGAACGAGGGGAGCGGAAUCUGGGAGACGGAAACCCCUCAGCCCCUGCCAACGGCGGUCAACCCUGUUCCAGCGGAACCAAUGCUGCCCGAGGGAGAGAAAGAUGCAGAGCUGAGGACUCGAGGGAGAGCGGAACCGGAAGAGCGGAACGAGGCGACGGAACUUCCAGCGGAACAGACAGCGGAACCGGAACCGGUGCCGGAAAAGCGUGAACGGCGGCCCAGUAAGUGGUACUCCUCGAAGGAGUGGGUCACAGCAAACGUCGCGAAAGAGACGGAGCCGGUGGAGCCGCAAACCCUGGAAGAAGCCCUCGGAAGCCCGGAAGCGGAACUCUGGCGGAAAGCCCUGGAAGAGGAGUUCACGAGCUUGCAGGAGAACGGCACGUGGGAACUGAGUGAACCUCCCCCUGACGUGAAGCCGAUUCCGUGCAAGUGGGCCUUCAAGCUGAAAAAGGACGAGAACGGGAACAUCGCGCGGUUCAAAGCUCGUCUCGUGAUCAAGGGGUUCAAGCAGCGGAAGGGGGUGGACUACGACGAGGUGUUCGCGCCGGUUAGUCGCCACGUCACACUUCGGAGCCUGCUGGCAGUCGCGGCGGCGCAAAACCUGGAGGUGGACCAGCUCGACAUCAAAACGGCGUUCCUCAACGGCGACCUGGAGGAGGAAAUCUGGAUGGAGCAACCCGAGCUGUUCGAGACCGGGGGAAAGCAGCUGGCGUGCCGGCUGAAGAAGUCGCUGUACGGACUGAAGCAAGCGCCGCGAGCUUGGUACCUGAAGCUGACGGCAGAAAUGAGAGAGCUGGGGUUCGAGCCGUCUGCCGCGGAUCCUGCCCUGUUCAUUCGGAGAGAUGAGGACGGGAGGACGGCGUUCACUGCGGUCUGGGUCGACGACUGCCUGGUGGUCGGGGAACGGGAAGUCGUGGCAAGUGUGAAGGCAGCGCUCGGGCGGAUCUUCACGGUGCGGGACCUGGGACCAGUGCGCUACUUCCUGGGGAUGGAAGUGACGCGCGAUCGAGAGGCGAGGACGAUCAAGCUGACGCAGAAGCGAGCGGCGCUGGACCUGCUGGAGCAGUUCGGGAUGGACGCAACGCGCGCGCGGCGGGUGCCGCUAAACCCCGGGGAGAAGGUACAGAAGCGGGGAGAGCCGCUGGACGUGGAGCGCUACCCGUACGCGAGCCUGGUGGGGAGCCUGCUGUAUUUGGCAAACUGCACGCGGCCGGACCUGGCGCAAGCGACGGCUUCGCUCGCGCGCUUCAUGAGCAGCCCGACGGAGGACCACUGGAGGCUAGCAAAGUCGGUGCUGAGUUACCUGGCGGGAACGGUCGAGGCGGGGCUGACGUACGGAGCGGAGAAGCCGGAGUUUGAGGGGUUUUGUGACGCGAAUCACGGCGGAGAUCCGGACACUCGGAGGAGCACAACCGGGUACGUCUUUCUGCUGGGCGGAGCAGCUGUGAGCUGGGCUAGCAAGCUGCAGCAGACGGUGGCGUACAGCACGGUGGAAGCAGAGUAUAUGGCGGCAGCACACGCGGCGAAGGAGGCUCUGUGGAUUCGGAAGCUGGCGGCGGACCUGGGGCUGGAGAGCGGCCGACUGACGGUCUGGAGCGACAACCAGGGAGCGCUUCAACUGAUCAAGCAUCCGAUCACAUCGCAGAGGAGCAAGCACAUUGACAUUAGUCAUCACUUUGUCAGAGAGCGCGUGGUCCGAGGCGAACUCAAGUUCGAGUACUGCCCGACAGCCAAGAUGCCUGCAGACUUCCUAACCAAGGCGUUAGUGGUUACGAAGUUUGAGGAGUGCAAGAAGUUGAUAGGCAUGGAAUAG